AUCAAUUCUUCUGUUGUGAGAAUUGUUUUAUAUUUAUUUGUGUUUAUAUGUAGAGAUGCACAUAGUUUCAUUGGUCUUCUUUGCUGCCAAAAGAAUACAUUGAGCUAAUGGUAGAUUUUGAAUUUCUGAAUAAGAUGUCUUUAAUUAAAACUAAUUCUACAAAUCGAAUAUGCCUUGUACGGUAGGCUGGUUUUCUCGUUUGUGAUACUUGACUUUAUAUUAAGUAAUAUGGAAUUGCAAACAAUAAAAGUUUAAAAGGUUGUAGGCUUGCAGCAGUUUUUUUUUUUUUUUCCUUUUAAACUGUGUUAUGAGAUGUGGAAUGUUUAAAGAAUAGUCGUCUCAAAAGAAAUCUUACACCACACACUGUGAUAGCAAGUGUUGUUUUUUAUUUUUUUCUUUUAAUUUGUAAAAGAUAUCUUAGAUUAACAACAGCAUAGCAAACUGUCAUUUUCUUUUUGCAUAAGUUCUUUAUGUUGAAAAUUUUGAUCAAGGCCUAAUGGCAACCCCAGUUAAUACCUGUCAAAGCAUGGCUACCCUGCUCGGGGUCAUUAAUUUUCUUUGACCUAUAUUCGCUAUAGUAUUUAGGAUCAGUUCGAUUCCCAAGAUUUUAUAUAUAUAUUUUUUUAUGUUUAUUGCUUGAGUAUAAAGUUAAAACCAAGAUGGCAGACUUUGAUGUUGAUGUGGACGUGCUAGUUUCUUAACUUGAACAGCAAUGAUUGUCAAUAUCAAUCUGUGUUGGAUAUGACUGAGCUACGAAAUCUUUUAAAAUCUCCAAGUAUUGCAUUGGAGCUGAAUUCAGAAGGAAAGAUCGUUCCGUGACGUUGCAGGACUUUUUCGUUUUGAAUCUUUUGAUAUUUACUUUCUAAUUAAUCCUUUGAAGUUUUAUUUGUCAUGAUAUUACUUGAUUAAUUUUUUAGGACCGGGAAUUCUUACUCUUUUUUGGAAACCCUGGUGUUGAACAAUUUAUUUUAUUAUUGGAAAUUUUGGACCAUGUCUAUUUGGUGCAUUUUACUGGAGCUAUAUACCAUCCUUUCCUCAAGGAUUCUUGUGCAAAUAAUGUUUGGCAACUUGCUAUAAAUGCGGUGUAGUUUGGGGGAUGAGAAGUUUUCAGGAAGCCUAUGCUUGAUGGACUGCUUUCCCAGCAGCAGUGACAAGAAAACAUUGAAGAAGUGGUUUUUCAUUGAUAAAAGGGUUGGGUAAAAAGUGCUGUCGGAGGUGCAUAUAUCUGUGUUUUGGCUUAGUGGUUUGUUAGUAUCAAACACUUAAAUUUACAGUUUGGAGGUGCUUUAUAAGUAAUAUUCUGGAUCCAAUGGACAUGAAGUCAAAUAAUUCAUCUCCAGUUCUCACUGAUCCCGCACCAAUAAACAAAUCAAGGCUCGGCAUCCGUUCUAAUUUGCUGCCUUUCCCACAAUCUGGAGCAUCUUUUUCCUCUGGCAAGAACAUAACUAUUCCCAGGAAAAAACCAGGAAAGCUUGAUGAUGUUCGCUCCAACGGAUGGUUGGAUGCCAUGAAAUCCUCAUCUCCGCCUCGUAAGAAGUUCAUUAAGGAUUUCAACUUUGAAGUUGCUACAGAUGAGACUGACAUUGCGUACUUCUCUUGGAUGCUUAAGUACCCAUCAGCACUUAAUUCUUUUGAGCAAAUUGCAAAUUUUGCAAAAAACAAGAAGAUAGCAAUGUUUCUAGAUUAUGACGGGACUCUUUCUCCCAUAGUUGAUGACCCAGAGCAGGCCAUCAUGUCUGAUGAUAUGCGUUCUGCUGUAAGAAACGUUGCAAAGUAUUUUCCAACAGCAAUUAUUAGUGGAAGAAGCCGUGAUAAAGUAUAUGAGUUGGUAGGACUAACAGAACUCCAUUAUGCCGGUAGUCAUGGGAUGGACAUCAUGGGCCCUACCAAUAAGGCAGUGUCCAAGGACAUAGCAAAUUGUAUUAAAUCUACUGACCAACAGGGCAAGGAGGUAAAUCUGUUCCAGCCUGCUAGAGAAUUUAUACCUAUGAUUGAUGAGGUUUUUAGAACCCUUGUCGAGAAUACUAAAGAAAUCAAAGGUGCAAAAGUUGAGAAUCACAAAUUUUGUGCUUCUGUUCAUUAUCGUAAUGUAGAUGAGAAGAACUGGCCUAUAAUUGCACAAUGUGUGCAUGAUAUUCUAACACAGUAUCCUCGUUUGCGGUUAACUCAUGGGCGGAAGGUUUUAGAGGUCCGUCCUGUGAUUGACUGGAAUAAAGGGAAAGCAGUUGAAUUUCUGCUUGAAUCUCUUGGCCUCAGUAACAGUGAUGAUGUGCUCCCAAUUUUUAUUGGAGAUGACCGAACUGAUGAAGAUGCAUUCAAGGUGUUGCGAGAAAGAAAUCAAGGUUAUGGCAUUCUGGUGUCUUCUGUACCCAAAGAAACCAAUGCAUUUUACUCCCUAAGGGAUCCAAUGGAGGUAAUGAAAUUUCUGUCAUCGCUGGUGAGAUGGAAGAAGCUAGGAGAAGAGGACGCUCCAUGAAUAAUAAUAAUAAUAAUAAUAAUAAUGAUGAUGAUGGAGUGUAUAUUAUGAUCAGCAUGGCAAUAGCCAUUUAAUUUAUUUUUGUUGAACGAUUAUUGGUAAAAUCGCUUUAUGGUCCAAUUCUGCUAUUUGCUGUUUUAUUAAGCAGAUUAAGGAAUAAUGAUUCUCCAUCAAAAUUGAAUUCCAUUUACAUCAUGUAUUUUUUUUU